UUUUUCUCGUGUUGCAGGUAUUUUAAUGAUCUAUUGAUUUUGCUUGGGUAAAUUCAUGCGAGUUCCUGGCGUUGAGGAAGGAAUUAUCCUCAUUCGUCAGGCAAAAUGAUGCAAUUCAUGUUGCUGUUCAGCCGCCAAGGCAAACAGCGGUUGCAGAAGUGGUUCGUUGCCUACCAAGAUAAAAUGAAGAAGAAAGUGACCCGUGAACUCACCACUACCAUCCUGGCCCGGAAGCCCAAAAUGUGUUCAUUUCUUGAGUGGAAGGAUUUGAAAAUCGUGUAUAAACGGUACGCUAGUUUGUAUUUUUGCUGCGCCGUAGAGCAAGAGGAUAAUGAGCUUCUCACCCUUGAAGUCAUUCACAGAUACGUGGAGCUUCUUGAUAAAUAUUUCGGCUCUGUGUGCGAGCUGGAUAUUAUCUUCAACUUCGAAAAGGCCUACUUCAUCCUGGACGAGUUGAUCAUUGGUGGAGAGAUCCAGGAGACGUCCAAGAAGAGUGUGCUGAAGGCCAUUGCCGCCCAGGACAUGCUGCAAGAGGUCUGUAUGCGCACAAAUCCUAGCAUAAGCUCUGAAGACGGUGUUUGGUCCAUUUGA